AUGGUUUAUGUGCAACCCAACGCGGAUCCCGACGAUUGCCUCACGGCUUAUCUCGUCACCAACCUUACCGACAACGAGCUUAAAAAGUUCAAAUCUGCCUUCGAACUCGGCGCUUGCUCCCGAUUCUCUCCACUACUCCAUCUCAAAAUAGUCCGCGCACCAGAAGACUACUGGGGAAAGACACACCAAUACAUUCGCUUGCAAGAAGACAAGGCCGGCAGAGAAGAAUCAUUCGGUCUCAUUGACGAUGAAGCAAAAGAGAGGGGCGCCAUAUGGUACAUUGAUCGAUUCUUCGACGAAGAUGAUGUUGAAAACGAACUAGCUGUGAGCACCGACGUUGUGAUGAAGAUCCUCCUUAAGACUGAGGCUUUCGCUCUUUCGCAUGUCAAUUACGUCAUUGCCAACAUGACCAUCUUCGAGGAUCUCGAUAACUGUGGCGUGGACUCGCCAAUCACGAAUGAUUUCAAGCAACCUGAGCUGGACGACUGCGGGGGUAUGGAUUUCGAAGACCAGCAGUGGUAUCAAGAUGUCUGGGUUACCGCAGAGCCCGGCGAGUUCGAGGAAAGCACCGACCCAAAACAUCUAGAUAACUUCUCGCCACGCCCAGGCAAGGUGGCGAGGUUGAAGAAGGAUAUUGCGAAGUCUGUGGGAAUUGUCAGUGACUGGACUUUUCCCGGCGAUGCCGAACCUACCGAUCUUGACAAUGGGGACAAGAAGGAGUUUCCUCCUGGGAGUGUUGUUUUGCAGCAGAGGUACAAUCCGGACUUUCCGUGGCCGGAGUACAAAUGGCCAAAGGGGUCGUUGUAA